AUGAUUUCCUUGCCUGCGAAAUGGACAAGGAUCCUAGUCGCAGCUUUAGCAGGCGUCAUUCUAUUGAAUUUCCUAUCUACUGCUUUCAGCGACCGGUCCUCCCCUAAGUUUGAUGCUUCUCUUGGGAAAACAAACCUGGGUUUUUUCCAUGCUGAUGGAAGCAAGGAUCUUCUUAAGGUGGGAUCAAAUGGAGCCGAUGAUAAAGCUGGCGAUGACAAGGGCAGCGAUGACAAGGGCAGCGAUGACAAGAGUGGUGAUGAUAAGGGCAGCGACGAGUCGGAAAGUAAGCCUGUGGAGGAGGAAUUGACUGAGAUUGAUACAGACACGGGGCCUAUUAACAAAGCCAAGCCUCCUGUUCUUGAGAAGCAGCUUCGAAAGUACUUCGAUGAUCGUGAUAAAGGCUUGUUGAUUAUUCUGCUGGAAGUUGGCGACCCCAAUGUUCCAGAAUAUGAGACAUACGACAUUAAGCAGCUCAUCAAGGAAAAUAAGAACAAAAAGAAGUUUGAAGUUACCCAGAUUAAAGCUUACGAUUACUCUGCCAUGGAAAAACAAGUCCAGCUUUCUCAGAGUAACGGCGGGAUCACAGACGCUUUGCAGCUCAUAGACUUCCGUAAGUUUUUCAUUGAUUUUAUCCAAGAGAUUUGGACUUCAAUCGAAGCUGCUAGACCAAGUGUGGGCGGAAUAAAUAAUGAUGCUCACUAUUCCCAGGCCAAAGCCAGCAACAAGUUUGUGAGCAACAAUGGUAAGAUACCCGUCUACGGUGGUCAUUGGAGGGAAUCCUACUUGGCUGAGCCAGUGCGUACGAAGGAGUACUUACUGCAUUUCUUGAGAAUCACUACUCAAGAAAAGAAUGCUCUUCACAGAUCACAUAGCAGCUUCAUGGAAUCGAAACCGAACGCGUUCCCCAGUCAGCUAUUAAAAGCUGGUAAGAAGUUCGGCUUUAUGGAGGGAGAUGGUAUCGUAUACCUUGGAGGUGGAAAAUAUAACCAAUUGGUACUACUAUCCAUAUCCUUGUUGAGACAAUCCGGGAGCAAGCUUCCUAUUGAAGUGAUUCUUCCCAGCAAGAAUGAUUACGAUCUUGAUCUCUGCAACAAUAUUCUUCCAUCUUUCAACGGAAGAUGUAAGGUUAUGUCGGAUUACCUUCCUGAUAAGCUAGUUGGUGGGUUGAAAAAUUUUCAACUUAAAAGUGUUGCACUCUUGAUCUCAUCAUUCAAGAAUGUCUUAUAUUUGGAUUCUGACAACCUUCCCGUGAAGAACCCCGAUUACCUCUUCGUGAACAAACCAUUCACAGAGAAGCAUAUGAUCAUUUGGCCUGACUUGUGGCGUCGCUCAACUUCUCCCAACUUUUAUGAUAUAGCAGAUAUUGAAGUCGAUCCUGAAUGGCAAAUGAGGAACAGCUACUUCCCCGGCGACGAAAGAGGAACUACAAAAGACAAAAUCUCGUUGCAUGAUACAAAAGGUACAAUGCCAGAAGCGUCUAGUGAAACUGGCCAGUUCAUGAUCAACAAGGAAGCCCACUUUGGUACCCUCAUAUUGUCCUUGUACUAUAAUUAUUAUGGUCCAGAUUUCUAUUAUCCGCUUUUGAGUCAAGGAGCUGCCGGAGAGGGUGAUAAGGAUACGUUUAUUGCUGCUGCUCACAAGCUUGAUCUUCCUUACUACCAGGUCGUCGAAUUUAAUCGAGAGUUCGGUCCAGAGAAGCCCAACAAAAAACACGAAUACUUCGGAAUGGGCCAAUACGACCCUAUAGUGGACUACCAUAAUGGAAUUCUUGGACUCACAAAUGCUGCCAAUACUGAAAACUUUGCAAAUGACAAUGAAGACCCUUCGAAACUGAACUAUGAUUUCCAUUACUACAAAGCUUCCUCAUUGAUGUUUGUCCAUGCUAACUGGCCCAAAUAUUAUAUCGAUGAGAUGUUCGGAGACCUGAACUCGAACGGAAGGGGCCCUAAAGACGGUAAUGGUAACAGGAGGAGGUUGUAUACUGAUUACUUAAAAAAGGAGACUCGCGAAUUUGACUUUGAGUUGGAGGUCAUGAAGCACGCGGAGACGUGGUUUUGCAAGGGCACCGUCAAUCUUCAUAACUUAUCGCCUCCUGGUAGCCCUGAAAGAGAAAAGGCGUGCGGAAGCAUUAGGGACCAAAUCGACUACUUGAGAGGUUAG